GCCAUACAACAAUAAUUGGCGAUCUAGCGAAAAUGUAUAACUUGGAAGCGGAUCAUGUGCGCCCGUUAACCGUGUAUGUACAUUUUUCGUGUCGCAUUCCUCGUUUCCAGCCACUAUAGCGCGAGGUGUUACGCGCGCAAACAGAAACGCGAAAAGGCGGGAUGAAGGAAUAGCAGAGACAGUCAGAGACGGCUCUUUGUGGAGUUUUGAACCCUGGAGGCAGCAUGCCAAGAAAGUUUCGACUCGGCAGACACAUCAAGAAUAGGGAGAGGAAGAAGCACACAGCAAGGCAUGCUGAAAAGCUAUUGUGUACUCCCUUGAUUGUGUCUGUACCACUCUCUAGCCUACCUUCUCUCAGUGUGGACAUCCUCGGACGACGACUUGCGGAAAUUGGAGAUUUCCGAAGUGGGUGGAUAAUUAAAACUGCCGAAGAGAAGGUGGUUGUAUCUCUGCUGGACACCAGUCGUUCAGUUCCAGACAUCAAGUACAGCCUAGCCAUAGAAGCGAAUUUCUCUUGGAAGAUCCAUAUCUAUGGCCAAGAAGUGUCGCCGAGUAUGUGCAGACUCUUCACAGACUCUCCUGCCACCCUGCAUACUGUACAUGCAGUCAGUGCCAUAGUUCAGAGCCUGGAGAAGAGCCAUAUGUGUAGAAAUUUUACAAUAUUUUCGUUAAAAAAGAUA